AUGGCCGAUGACGAAGAGCGCGUUAAGGCUGAGAAGCUGGCUGCUGCCAAGAAAAGGGUAGCCCAGCUCCAGAAGCAAAAGAAGAAGGCCAACAAGAAGGCCUCAACCGCUACAGACACCCCCAAGGAUGAUGAGGCAUCUAAAGUCGCCGAUUCUACCGAGGACACUGCGACAGCGACAGAAGCCCCCGCUUCGGUAGACGCCUCCGCCGAGGAGAAGCCAGAAGAGGACGCAUCCGCGGAGCCCGCUCCUUCGUCUUCUUCUCCUCCCGCUGCCGAGACCCCAUCGGAAGAAAGCGAGAUGCACCAGUUGAAUCGCCUGUAG